CCCUUUGGUCACCACCAAAACGUCAUUUACAUAUAUUUAUACAAAGUCUACAAAUGAGAGCAUAUUUACAUUCAUGUCAACAGAGUGAAACAGAAAGUACGAUCAUUGGCAUGAAUGGCGACUUGGCGAGCGGAUUCCGUGCGAUUGUUUAUCGUUCUCAUCGAGGUUAUAAGAUGUAUAGAGCUGCAAGUGUCCACCACGUCUCCGGUGGAGGCCCUUCUUCAUUCGGAUGUCGUGCUGCCCUGCACCUUCUCACACGGCAGCAGCCCGCUAAGGCUGGACCUGCUGGCGGUCAUCUGGAAAUGGGGUGACACCGUGGUGGCCAGCUAUGGACUGAAAGACGAUCUGUCUACGCCCCGGGCACGCCUGUCUGACGCUGAGCUGCGCCAUGGGAAUGCGUCCCUUCUUCUCAGCAACGUCACCAUCGCUGACCAGGGCCUGUACGAGUGCAGCAUCAUCUACCCGCCCGAUCAAUCGAAUGGCAUCGUGGAGCUCAAGGCUAUGAAUCCACCAAAGAUAUCAAUCAAGUCACGGCUUGUCACCCCCAACACCACCAACACCCUGCAGUGCACCUGCUCCGACUUCUACCCUGGCACCAUUAAAAUCUCAUGGCAAAGAGCGGAAGAAGUGAUCAGGGCACCGAGGGAGGAGCGGGCAGAACCAAAUGAGAACAGAACCUUCACAGCGACCAGUUACCUCCUCUUCACCCCGAGCUCCAAGGAUGCCAACGUUACCUUCUCCUGUGUGGCACAUCAUGUGGCAAUGAAGCAACCCGAGAGAGCCGACUUUCAGUUGGAAUUCCGAAGGCGCCCGCAAAUCAGAAUCACCCCGUCCAUUUUAACUCCUGACAAAGAACAAACGCUGACCUGUGAUGUGGACGGCUUUUACCCAGAAGGCAUUGCAGUGAGCUGGGUCGUCAAAGGAGAGGAGAUCUCAUCUAGUAAAGUGAGACGCAAAGCCGACGGCAACUACCGAAUGGCCGAGCACUACAUCCUGACACCGGGCGAGACGGACGCGGGGCAGGUGCUUAGCUGUAAAAUAUGGCAGGAAGGCUUUGAGUACCCACUGAUCGAGGAGUUCACCGUCAGACUUGAAGAUAAAAGUUCAUUUCAGCCGGCACUGAUUGGGGCGAUGUCUGCUGUAAUAAUACUGGCGCUUGCCUCUGGGAUUGGAUAUCUGAUAUGGAGAACUGUGCAGAAGCAGAAACUGAUUGUCUCAGACAUCAUUGUACCCACCAAGAUCAAGGUGGGGAAGAAAGUGUGCCUGACCUGCUCCAUCGAAGGGUCCGACCUCAAAGGCGUGACAGUAAAGUGGUUGGUGAAUGACAACCUGAUUUCAGACAAACUUCUCUGCGACACUCAAGAUGACUUUAACUUGUCCCUGCUGUCUGACAAUGACCCACAGUACUGGAUUGAGUUGCGAAAGAUUCCUUCCCAUGGCCGGAAACAAGUCCUGAGUUUCCUUCACUUUGUCGUCAGCCUCCAGGAGCAUAAAGGAGCUGAGUUCAAGUGCCAGGUGUCACAGGAGGGAAAGAUAACGUGCAUAGUGAGGAAGACAACAAUAGCACAUCUGACAGACUCCACAGAUUGUUGAUGGUGGCACCCUGUGGUUUGAAUUGGAGCAUUAACUAUAGAACAAGCUGAUGGCUGAGUAUUGUCAUGUGACUCUUGAAGAUGGAGGCUCAAUGCAGGACCAAACAGGCUAGCUCACCAGAUGAUCUUAACCUCCUCAACCUUCUUGAUUUGGAGACUUUGACCUUACCAACCAUUUGGAGUCCAUUAUUAAAGUGACACCUCAGCAUAGCCAUCUGGAUUGUCAGAUCCUCAUUAAUUUCAUCAGCCAGUAAGCCCUCACUGCGGUGUGUCCCUUUAGCUUGUAGUGGACAUCCAUGCUGCAGAGUCCGAUCACUCUCUGGGUAUGGGAGUUGGAAAAUAGCGAUCAUCUUUUUCAUAAUCCAUUGUGCUGCAAUGUAAAGGAUGGCCGACAUUAAGGGUUCAUUUAUUGUUGCAAAAUCAAAGAGGCCAGAUUUUGUGGACACCACAGGACACUGAAAUUGAAAAUUCUACUCAACUAAACCUUUGGUUUUGUACUUUGACUAAAAAUAAAGAAUAACAUUCUUGA